GUACGUAGCUAUGGUGAGAGCGACCAGGGAGGUCAACCUCAUGACAUGUAGCAAAAUCAUGCUGACCUUCCAACGUCAAUCAGAAGGAUUGCUGCGGGAACUGCUCGAGGAAGCCGAUGCAGCCGUGUACGACAGCGCCACAUCCCAAGUGAUUGCUGGGGAGAUGACGGGGUCGUACAUGGCAGCAUAUAGCGCAACAAGCGGGUUUGUGACCCUGGAUGAAGAGGAAUCGGAGCGAUUGGGGACACUUAAAUUCAAAACUCCUGAGGACGAUCCGAUGGUGGUCACUGCCAAAUGUACAAGAAUUAUGCUGGAUGAAAAGAUUCUGAGGAUGGCUCAGUCUGUUAUCGGGACUGCAGAAUCUCCAGCAUCACAGGGGGUUUGGCCGGUGCCCAACAUCAAAUGGAUUAACGGAGUCCCAGGUUGCGGAAAAACAACAUGGGUGGUGGAAAACCUCGACGAGGAAAGAGAUGUCGUGGCCACCACGACAACCGAAGCUGCCAAAGAUCUCAGAGAGAAGUUGGCGCGCCGCUUAGGAGAUCGCGUAAAAUCAAAGGUGCGCACUAUGGCCUCAAUACUAUCAAACGGGUUCAAGCCGGGUGAGAGGUGCUACCGCCUCACGGUAGACGAGGCGUUGAUGAACCACUUUGGGGCCAUAAUAAUGGCAGUAAGAUUGUCUGGUGCAAGUGAGGUCGUCCUCGUCGGGGAUAUUAACCAGCUACCAUAUAUCGACAGAGAAAACUUAUUUGAGCUUAACUACGCUCGUCCGAAUAUGGUGGCAGCCAUCACCCAGGAGCUUCUCUGUACGCACCGCAACCCACUGGAUGUGGCUUACACACUUAGCGAAAUUUACUCCGGGAUAUACUCCUCCAAGACGACGCUGUCACGAAUACACUCCCUGAGGGUUGAGGCUUACUCGGGUGCGCAAAUACCAGUAUCCGCCAAGAACACGCUGUUCCUGGUUCAUACGCAGGAAGAGAAAUCUCUUCUUGCUGGCCAGGGAUAUGGUUCUGGCGAGGGUUCGCGCAUCCUCACUAUCCACGAGGCGCAGGGGUUGACCUAUGACAGCGUAAUAAUAAUCAACACAAAGGUGAGGAGGCACCAGAUCCGCGAAAGCGUCUCCCACGCGGUUGUGGCGGUGUCGAGACACAGAGUCAGUUGCGUCUAUUACACCGAUGACGCCGAUGACGCCACAGGCCGCCUUGCCAAAAAGGCGAUGAACGCGCCGUCUAAACUGGUCGUCGAUUACAACCUUAAGACGGCCAUGCAAAAUCGGGAUGCGCCAAUCGUGGACGCCUUGCUGAGAUUAUCGAAAUCCCUGGUCGCAAGCAGGAGUGCACCUCCCAUAUAAAAACCAUACAAUAUUAGAUUUAGAUUUCAGCCAUGAUUGUCCCACUGCAGGGCAAAGGCCUCCCUACCUUCCUUCCACUCCUCUCUGAUUAAAGCUUAUAUACAAUAUACAAACAUGUAAAUAGAUUUACCUAGAUUUAAGCA